GGGUUCAUCAGGUCAAAAAAGAAAAAGAAAAGCAAAGUGUACUAGGGUUCGUUGCUGACCACUCAUCGAUCGUUCCCGGAGCCGGCGGCGACCGCGAUGCCCGGGAAGAAGAACGCGGAGCCGGCGCCCGCCGCCGUCCCGCCCCAGCCCGCGCCGAUGCCGCCUGUGAAGGUGUUCAGGUUGAACGAUGGCGGCGGGUGGGACGACUACGGCGCCGGCCGUGUCACCAUCGACCACCUCGAGGGAUCGACAUCGGAGAAGGAGAUCGUUCUGGCUGUCAUAGACGUGGAGAACAAGGAGACGAUGCUUUUGCAUCUCAUCACCCCGGAUGACAUUUACAGGAGGCGCCAAGGGACGUUCAUCUCGUGGUUCGAUCCCGAGACCGGCUUGUCCAUCUCCUUGAGCUUCCUAGACGCGGCGGCGUGCUCCGAUGUGUGGGACACGAUCUGCCAAGUGCAGAGAAAACUGAGGCCUGAUGGUUGGUAGACGGCAGUGGUGAGCUCCUCAAGAACAGUUUACCCUAUGAAGUGAAGCUGAUGAGUUAGGAAGUUUACCAAUGAAUAACCUCUGUUGUUUUCUUCAGGAUUUAUUGAAUUAGGAUGCCCUUUUUCGCAGCGCCAUGUGCAGAGUACACACCAUUAAUUUUAUGUAAUAAAAAUCACCUCUGUUGUGAUUAUUAUUUUUGAGCUGCAUCAACAUUGCUCUGUAUUUAACAUAGGUGGCAAUAACAUGCUAUAACAUUAGACCA